AUGGUAACACCACGCCAGAAACAGGAUGCAACUACUGAAAGCGGAAAACCCACAGCAAAUGUGGCUUUCACGUUGCUCCAAGCGACUCUCCCAAUCAUGACAACACAGGCUAUUUUACCAAGCCCAGGUCCAGAGACACCAAGCUCUACUGAGGCAAGUACUGAAACCACCAUUUCCACUCUGGCUUCUACUCCGUCGAUCCUGCCAACUACAUCUGCAGGAUAUUUGAAACAAAGUCUCUCAUCGUCCGCCCUCAUGGCGGUCACACAUCCCGCCAUACAAAUUGAAACAACUUUGAUCACACCAAUCCAUCAUUUCACAACACCAAUCGCCCACGUUGAUGAUCAGGCCACCCGAAUUGCAACUCCAGCCCUCAUUUCCGAUGAUAAGGUGGCAGCACAACAUGGACGCGGGUUUGGUAAACACCCGUCAGCUUUGAGUUUUACCACCAAUGAGAAUGACAUGGUAACACCACGCCAGAAACAGGAUGCAACUACUGAAAGCGGAAAACCCACAGCAAAUGUGGCUUUCACGUUGCUCCAAGCGACUCUCCCAAUCAUGACAACACAGGCUAUUUUACCAAGCCCAGGUCCAGAGACACCAAGCUCUACUGAGGCAAGUACUGAAACCACCAUUUCCACUCUGGUUUCUACUCCGUCGAUCCUGCCAACUACAUCUGCAGGAUAUUUGAAACAAAGUCUCUCAUCGUCCGCCCUCAUGGCGGUCACACAUCCCGCCAUACAAAUUGAAACAACUUUGAUCACACCAAUCCAUCAUUUCACAACACCAAUCGCCCACGUUGAUGAUCAGGCCACCCGAAUUGCAACUCCAGCCCUCAUUUCCGAUGAUAAGGUGGCAGCACAACAUGGACGCGGGUUUGGUAAACACCCGUCAGCUUUGAGUUUUACCACCAAUGAGAAUGACAUGGUAACACCACGCCAGAAACAGGAUGCAACUACUGAAAGCGGAAAACCCACAGCAAAUGUGGCUUUCACGUUGCUCCAAGCGACUCUCCCAAUCAUGACAACACAGGCUAUUUUACCAAGCCCAGGUCCAGAGACACCAAGCUCUACUGAGGCAAGUACUGAAACCACCAUUUCCACUCUGGUUUCUACUCCGUCGAUCCUGCCAACUACAUCUGCAGGAUAUUUGAAACAAAGUCUCUCAUCGUCCGCCCUCAUGGCGGUCACACAUCCCGCCAUACAAAUUGAAACAACUUUGAUCACACCAAUCCAUCAUUUCACAACACCAAUCGCCCACGUUGAUGAUCAGGCCACCCGAAUUGCAACUCCAGCCCUCAUUUCCGAUGAUAAGGUGGCAGCACAACAUGGACGCGGGUUUGGUAAACACCCGUCAGCUUUGAGUUUUACCACCAAUGAGAAUGACAUGGUAACACCACGCCAGAAACAGGAUGCAACUACUGAAAGCGGAAAACCCACAGCAAAUGUGGCUUUCACGUUGCUCCAAGCGACUCUCCCAAUCAUGACAACACAGGCUAUUUUACCAAGCCCAGGUCCAGAGACACCAAGCUCUACUGAGGCAAGUACUGAAACCACCAUUUCCACUCUGGUUUCUACUCCGUCGAUCCUGCCAACUACAUCUGCAGGAUAUUUGAAACAAAGUCUCUCAUCGUCCGCCCUCAUGGCGGUCACACAUCCCGCCAUACAAAUUGAAACAACUUUGAUCACACCAAUCCAUCAUUUCACAACACCAAUCGCCCACGUUGAUGAUCAGGCCACCCGAAUUGCAACUCCAGCCCUCAUUUCCGAUGAUAAGGUGGCAGCACAACAUGGACGCGGGUUUGGUAAACACCCGUCAGCUUUGAGUUUUACCACCAAUGAGAAUGACAUGGUAACACCACGCCAGAAACAGGAUGCAACUACUGAAAGCGGAAAACCCACAGCAAAUGUGGCUUUCACGUUGCUCCAAGCGACUCUCCCAAUCAUGACAACACAGGCUAUUUUACCAAGCCCAGGUCCAGAGACACCAAGCUCUACUGAGGCAAGUACUGAAACCACCAUUUCCACUCUGGUUUCUACUCCGUCGAUCCUGCCAACUACAUCUGCAGGAUAUUUGAAACAAAGUCUCUCAUCGUCCGCCCUCAUGGCGGUCACACAUCCCGCCAUACAAAUUGAAACAACUUUGAUCACACCAAUCCAUCAUUUCACAACACCAAUCGCCCACGUUGAUGAUCAGGCCACCCGAAUUGCAACUCCAGCCCUCAUUUCCGAUGAUAAGGUGGCAGCACAACAUGGACGCGGGUUUGGUAAACACCCGUCAGCUUUGAGUUUUACCACCAAUGAGAAUGACAUGGUAACACCACGCCAGAAACAGGAUGCAACUACUGAAAGCGGAAAACCCACAGCAAAUGUGGCUUUCACGUUGCUCCAAGCGACUCUCCCAAUCAUGACAACACAGGCUAUUUUACCAAGCCCAGGUCCAGAGACACCAAGCUCUACUGAGGCAAGUACUGAAACCACCAUUUCCACUCUGGUUUCUACUCCGUCGAUCCUGCCAACUACAUCUGCAGGAUAUUUGAAACAAAGUCUCUCAUCGUCCGCCCUCAUGGCGGUCACACAUCCCGCCAUACAAAUUGAAACAACUUUGAUCACACCAAUCCAUCAUUUCACAACACCAAUCGCCCACGUUGAUGAUCAGGCCACCCGAAUUGCAACUCCAGCCCUCAUUUCCGAUGAUAAGGUGGCAGCACAACAUGGACGCGGGUUUGGUAAACACCCGUCAGCUUUGAGUUUUACCACCAAUGAGAAUGACAUGGUAACACCACGCCAGAAACAGGAUGCAACUACUGAAAGCGGAAAACCCACAGCAAAUGUGGCUUUCACGUUGCUCCAAGCGACUCUCCCAAUCAUGACAACACAGGCUAUUUUACCAAGCCCAGGUCCAGAGACACCAAGCUCUACUGAGGCAAGUACUGAAACCACCAUUUCCACUCUGGUUUCUACUCCGUCGAUCCUGCCAACUACAUCUGCAGGAUAUUUGAAACAAAGUCUCUCAUCGUCCGCCCUCAUGGCGGUCACACAUCCCGCCAUACAAAUUGAAACAACUUUGAUCACACCAAUCCAUCAUUUCACAACACCAAUCGCCCACGUUGAUGAUCAGGCCACCCGAAUUGCAACUCCAGCCCUCAUUUCCGAUGAUAAGGUGGCAGCACAACAUGGACGCGGGUUUGGUAAACACCCGUCAGCUUUGAGUUUUACCACCAAUGAGAAUGACAUGGUAACACCACGCCAGAAACAGGAUGCAACUACUGAAAGCGGAAAACCCACAGCAAAUGUGGCUUUCACGUUGCUCCAAGCGACUCUCCCAAUCAUGACAACACAGGCUAUUUUACCAAGCCCAGGUCCAGAGACACCAAGCUCUACUGAGGCAAGAUAUUUGAAACAAAGUCUCUCAUCGUCCGCCCUCAUGGCGGUCACACAUCCCGCCAUACAAAUUGAAACAACUUUGAUCACACCAAUCCAUCAUUUCACAACACCAAUCGCCCACGUUGAUGAUCAGGCCACCCGAAUUGCAACUCCAGCCCUCAUUUCCGAUGAUAAGGUGGCAGCACAACAUGGACGCGGGUUUGGUAAACACCCGUCAGCUUUGAGUUUUACCACCAAUGAGAAUGACAUGGUAACACCACGCCAGAAACAGGAUGCAACUACUGAAAGCGGAAAACCCACAGCAAAUGUGGCUUUCACGUUGCUCCAAGCGACUCUCCCAAUCAUGACAACACAGGCUAUUUUACCAAGCCCAGGUCCAGAGACACCAAGCUCUACUGAGGCAAGUACUGAAACCACCAUUUCCACUCUGGUUUCUACUCCGUCGAUCCUGCCAACUACAUCUGCAGGAUAUUUGAAACAAAGUCUCUCAUCGUCCGCCCUCAUGGCGGUCACACAUCCCGCCAUACAAAUUGAAACAACUUUGAUCACACCAAUCCAUCAUUUCACAACACCAAUCGCCCACGUUGAUGAUCAGGCCACCCGAAUUGCAACUCCAGCCCUCAUUUCCGAUGAUAAGGUGGCAGCACAACAUGGACGCGGGUUUGGUAAACACCCGUCAGCUUUGAGUUUUACCACCAAUGAGAAUGACAUGGUAACACCACGCCAGAAACAGGAUGCAACUACUGAAAGCGGAAAACCCACAGCAAAUGUGGCUUUCACGUUGCUCCAAGCGACUCUCCCAAUCAUGACAACACAGGCUAUUUUACCAAGCCCAGGUCCAGAGACACCAAGCUCUACUGAGGCAAGUACUGAAACCACCAUUUCCACUCUGGUUUCUACUCCGUCGAUCCUGCCAACUACAUCUGCAGGAUAUUUGAAACAAAGUCUCUCAUCGUCCGCCCUCAUGGCGGUCACACAUCCCGCCAUACAAAUUGAAACAACUUUGAUCACACCAAUCCAUCAUUUCACAACACCAAUCGCCCACGUUGAUGAUCAGGCCACCCGAAUUGCAACUCCAGCCCUCAUUUCCGAUGAUAAGGUGGCAGCACAACAUGGACGCGGGUUUGGUAAACACCCGUCAGCUUUGAGUUUUACCACCAAUGAGAAUGACAUGGUAACACCACGCCAGAAACAGGAUGCAACUACUGAAAGCGGAAAACCCACAGCAAAUGUGGCUUUCACGUUGCUCCAAGCGACUCUCCCAAUCAUGACAACACAGGCUAUUUUACCAAGCCCAGGUCCAGAGACACCAAGCUCUACUGAGGCAAGUACUGAAACCACCAUUUCCACUCUGGUUUCUACUCCGUCGAUCCUGCCAACUACAUCUGCAGGAUAUUUGAAACAAAGUCUCUCAUCGUCCGCCCUCAUGGCGGUCACACAUCCCGCCAUACAAAUUGAAACAACUUUGAUCACACCAAUCCAUCAUUUCACAACACCAAUCGCCCACGUUGAUGAUCAGGCCACCCGAAUUGCAACUCCAGCCCUCAUUUCCGAUGAUAAGGUGGCAGCACAACAUGGACGCGGGUUUGGUAAACACCCGUCAGCUUUGAGUUUUACCACCAAUGAGAAUGACAUGGUAACACCACGCCAGAAACAGGAUGCAACUACUGAAAGCGGAAAACCCACAGCAAAUGUGGCUUUCACGUUGCUCCAAGCGACUCUCCCAAUCAUGACAACACAGGCUAUUUUACCAAGCCCAGGUCCAGAGACACCAAGCUCUACUGAGGCAAGUACUGAAACCACCAUUUCCACUCUGGUUUCUACUCCGUCGAUCCUGCCAACUACAUCUGCAGGAUAUUUGAAACAAAGUCUCUCAUCGUCCGCCCUCAUGGCGGUCACACAUCCCGCCAUACAAAUUGAAACAACUUUGAUCACACCAAUCCAUCAUUUCACAACACCAAUCGCCCACGUUGAUGAUCAGGCCACCCGAAUUGCAACUCCAGCCCUCAUUUCCGAUGAUAAGGUGGCAGCACAACAUGGACGCGGGUUUGGUAAACACCCGUCAGCUUUGAGUUUUACCACCAAUGAGAAUGACAUGGUAACACCACGCCAGAAACAGGAUGCAACUACUGAAAGCGGAAAACCCACAGCAAAUGUGGCUUUCACGUUGCUCCAAGCGACUCUCCCAAUCAUGACAACACAGGCUAUUUUACCAAGCCCAGGUCCAGAGACACCAAGCUCUACUGAGGCAAGUACUGAAACCACCAUUUCCACUCUGGUUUCUACUCCGUCGAUCCUGCCAACUACAUCUGCAGGAUAUUUGAAACAAAGUCUCUCAUCGUCCGCCCUCAUGGCGGUCACACAUCCCGCCAUACAAAUUGAAACAACUUUGAUCACACCAAUCCAUCAUUUCACAACACCAAUCGCCCACGUUGAUGAUCAGGCCACCCGAAUUGCAACUCCAGCCCUCAUUUCCGAUGAUAAGGUGGCAGCACAACAUGGACGCGGGUUUGGUAAACACCCGUCAGCUUUGAGUUUUACCACCAAUGAGAAUGACAUGGUAACACCACGCCAGAAACAGGAUGCAACUACUGAAAGCGGAAAACCCACAGCAAAUGUGGCUUUCACGUUGCUCCAAGCGACUCUCCCAAUCAUGACAACACAGGCUAUUUACCAAGCCCAGGUCCAGAGACACCAAGCUCUACUGAGGCAAGUACUGAAACCACCAUUUCCACUCUGGUUUCUACUCCGUCGAUCCUGCCAACUACAUCUGCAGGAUAUUUGA